GCAGUAUUUAGGAUGCGGAAGGAUAUCCAAUAAUAUCGAAAAAAUAUUUUGUUUUAAUUUGCUUCUUGAGUAGCUGGACGUUCAAAUACAUUCGUUUGCUUGCUUCUGCCUAUAAUUGUAUCUUUUUAAAUCCCAUUAAGUAAUCCAAUGAAUUCAGAUGAAUUCAGUAUUGAAGAUUUAAGUUUGGUGUACAGUAGGGAUGAAAAUGGAAUACUUCAUGCACCUCCAGGAUACAAGAGGUUCAAAGAUCAUAAGAAAAAAAAUGAGAAUGCAAAGUUGCAAGAACUUGAAGCUGGUGGUGCCUUAACUGCCAUGAAUGCUCAGCAGAUUGAUAUAAACACUCAAAUCUCAUGCAGUUUGUUUGAAAUCUGUAAAAGUUUUGUUGUAAAAAAUCUUCAUUUGCUGGAGUCACUUGAACACUUUCCUGAGAUCAUUGGUUUCCAACUCUUCCUUGAAGCAAUAAGGGAAAAAUCAUUUCAUAAAGACUCAAAUAAUUUAAAGAUUUUCUGCCUGGCAUACAAGGACCUAAUUUUAAAACAACUGUCUUUGCAAGAAUCAGCUGUACUAAUUAAUGAAUACAUUCAUUAUUUUGAAUGUUUUGAACAUCUGCACUCUUUAAACUUGAGCCACUGUCGACUUGGAGAUUCUCAUCAAUACUUGACAUUCACUGGACAAAUAAAAAGUUUAAAAUAUUUUAACCUUAAAGACAACUGUCUUACUGACCAUGGUCUUGCUAAAUGGUCCCUACCAUACAGAAUGUUUGAGAACGGACCAAAAUUUCUACAAGUGCUAGAUCUUUCCUGUAAUCCUGUGCUGACAGUUGCCUGUUUGAAAUCUUUAUUGAAGUUUGUUCAUUUGAAAAGACUAAAUCUCUCAGGAACAGGAGUAUGUCACCAUGACGAAAUCCAAAGAUUUAAUGACAGAAUGAACUUAUGCAUGAUGAAAGAACUCGAUGAAUAUGAAAGAAUAGUCACUGAAGGUUGGGCUGAGCCCUUUAUAACGGAAUUGAAUUGCAACCUGGCUAUAAAAAGUUUAAGACAGAAAGAUAAGCAUUGUUAUGGUAAAAGUGCUAGUUUUUACAGAAAACCCAAGACAUGCACACCUAGCAUGAACAAAAAUGGCUAUCCUGUAAUAUUGUUGCACUCGCUAGACAGCAUUAAACCUGGGACAAUUCGUGCAUUAACAACGUCUGAUAAUUACGGUAAAAGACGUCGUAUGUCGAGCCAUGAUAACGAGUCUUUAAAACGCCGAAAGAUACUUAUGAGGAAAGAAUGGACGAUUUACAGUUUAAAAUUCGUAUCUUUAAUAUAUAGCUAGUUUUCAUUAAGGAUAUUAUGAUAAAUGAUGAUAAAUGAAGAAAAAAUACAUACAAAUCCUAUUUACAAA